GCCAGACACGGUAUUUCUCGUCUUGGACGGAAUCAGUAGCUGAAAAUGUAAUUCCUUUUAAACUUGAACAAGCGAAGAAGAACGAUCAAGAAUCUACCUUUUGAAAUUUGCAAGGAAACUACAAAUAAAAAAAAUUUUUAAACAGUAAAAUCGACUUGAAAGCUCAAUUUUCAAGCAGAUUGAAAAGUGAAGAAUUAUUAUUGACGAUGCCUCUGUUGCCGUUGCUGUUCUGUGCCUUGUGGGUCGGCUUGGAACAACCCCACAUGCUCAUGGCCCAAGAUUUUGGAUUGGACCUACUUGAUGAAGAUCUGAGACCUUCAAUAUGGACUGACGUCGAUUUUCCACCAAUCUGGCCCUUUUACAAUAGACCCUGGGCUGAUCUUUUGAGAGCAGAAGGACGCGGUAAAUCGAUAAUCACAUCUGAUAAGCACACCUUUAAAGUAAUCCUAGACGUGCAACAGUUUAAACCAGAGGAAAUUAAGGUGAAGGUCGUGAACAGGUUCGUCGUCAUCGAGGCAAAACACGAGGAGAAGAAAGAUAAACAUGGCCUGGUUUCGAGACAAUUCAUCAGAAAGUACUUUGUUCCGAAGCAGGUGGACAUCGAACAAUUGAAGUCCAGUAUAUCUUCGGAUAGGGUUUUGACUAUUGUGGCACCUGUAAAGAAACUUCCUAAGCCAACUGGAAAACCUGCGAUUUCAGAAAGUGCGGACAAACCUAAGGAAUCUUCAACUGAUGAAACCAAUAAGACGGAAAAAGAAAGGAUUAUCAAAGUCGAGCAAACUGGAAAACCUGCUAUUCGAGAAAGUACCGAAAAACCUAAGGAAACGUCAACUUAUAAGACCGAUAAGACGGGAAAAGAAAAGGUGCUUAAUGCCGAGUCAACUGGAAAACCUGUGAUUCCGGAAAGUGUGAAACAACCUGAGCAAACUCCAACUGAUAAAACCGAUAAGACGGGAAAAGCAGAGGCGAAUAAGGUCGAGCAAACUGGAAAACCUGUGAUUCCAGAAAGUGCGAAAAAACCUGAAGAAACUUCAACUGAUACGACCGGUAAGACGGGACAAGCAGAGGAGAAUAAAAAUAAAGUUGAGCAAACUGGAAAACCUGUGAUUCCAGAAAGUGCGAAAAAACCUGAAGAAACUUCAACUGAUACGACCGGUAAGACGGGACAAGCAGAGGCCAAUAAAUUUGAGCAAACUGGAAAACCUGUAAUUCCAGAAAGUGCGAAACAACCGGAGGAAACCUCAACUGAUAAGACCGAUAAGACGGGAAAAGAAAAGGUACUUAAUGCCGAGCCAACUGGAAAACCUGAGAUUCCAGUAAGUGCGAAACAACCUGAGGAAACCUCAACUGAUAACUCUGAUAAGACAGGAAAAGAAAAGGUCCCUAAUGCCGAGCCAACUGGAAAACCUGUGAUACCAGAAAGUGCGAAAAAACCUGAGGCCACCCUAACUGACAAGACCGGUAGGUCGGAGAAACAGAAUGUGAAGAUGGUCGAGUAAACUGGAAAACCUGCUAUUCCAGAAAGUGCCGAAAAACCUACAAAAAGUUCAACUGAUAUGACCGAUAAGACCAAUAAGACCAAUACAACGGAAAGAGAAAAAGAAGUCAGAACCGAUCACGGAGGAGAGAGGCUUGACGCAAGACCGGAACAAUUAUUUAUUCAGAUGUUUAAUAAAUUAUUGUGAUAAUCAAUUAUUACUUCGUUACGUCACUUGCACUAUUAUACAUUUAAGGUGAAUGAUUUCGGUUGUACGAAUUAUUUAAGUUUUAAGUGUGCCAUUAGCAAAACAAUGUUG